GGAUAUGGCCCGACUUUUGUUCUCUAGGAAUCCAACUUUUUUCAGUGUGUAGGCCAAGAGUCCUUAGCCAAGGAUUGCUUGAGCCGUUCAACGCAGGUCAACGCAGAUAGUCUCAACCCAAAUGAAAAUUGCAAUUACAGAAAAUGAGGUAUCACCGUGCUCAUCAUACAUUGGCCAAGAUGUUCAUCAUAAUCCUAAUUCUGGCAGGAAGCAUUCGCUCCUGUAAGACCUUGUUUCCUUCCCGAGCUAGUGGAAACGUCCGCUUUUUGGUUUCGAUCUCGCCGUCAUUGGAGUACACAGCUGUCUCCUCAAUGCUGUACACCGUAUUCUUGAUGGAUACUCCCUCAGGACAGUAUGUCUUUCUGAUAACGGCAUAUGAUGUUCUGAUCCGAAUUGGACGUUGCUUUCUCCUGGGCUUACUUCGCCGAUCGGGACUUUGAGACUGAAUCCUGGUACCAUGGGAUAUUCGAAUGGCAGGACUUAUGCGUGGAGUACGGUCUUCUUGGACUGG